GAAAGAAAGAAUCGAAUUGAGAUCGAGCAAUGGAAUAUCUAGGGAUUGAUCUGAGUUGUGCAUUGGGAUCUCUCCGCCAUGGCCAAUUCCCCGACAAGGAUUGCUUGCUACCUCUCAUUUCUAAACUCCUCGGCUACGCCAUCGUCGCGGCUUCCACCACCGUCAAACUCCCCCAGAUAUUGAAAAUUCUGAAGCAUCAAAGUGCGAGAGGCCUUAGUAUGAUAUCGUUCGAGCUUGAAGUUGUUGGCUACACCAUAGCGUUGGCUUAUUGUCUUCACAAAGGCCUUCCGUUUUCCGCUUAUGGAGAGUUGUUGUUUCUUUUGAUCCAAGCUAUAGUAUUGGUUGCCGUAAUCUACUACUAUUCUAGACCUGUGAGUACGACAACAUGGAUCCGAGCAUUGCUAUAUUGUGCUGUAGCACCCACUGUCUUAGCUGGUCAAAUUGAUCCUCUACUCUUUGAGGCUCUGUAUGCAUCCCAGCAUGCAAUCUUUCUCUUUGCAAGGAUCCCACAAAUAUGGCAAAACUUUUCUAACAAAAGUACUGGGGAACUCAGCUUCUUAACUUCUUUUAUGAAUUUUGGAGGUUCAAUGGUCAGAGUGUUCACCACCAUCCAAGAAAAUGCACCAAAAAGUGUUCUAUUGGGCUAUGCAAUUGGUGUCGCAACAAAUUUUACCAUCUUGAGUCAGAUAGUUAUAUACCAAAAGCCUCGGGCUGAAAAAGAGAAGAAAAUGAAGUAGUAGAACUAUUUUGGGUUGUGUAUAUCUUUUCAUCCUGGUCAACUCUCAAUAGAUACGCUGCAUCCAAUCCGUACGUAGAAUUUUAUGGUCUUGAGUUGACUCAUUGAGUUUCAAAUGGGUGGACAAUCUUAAGGUAGUCAGCAGUGCAAAAGAAAUAGGUGAUUAUUGUCAUUUUUUAUUGGAACCCCGAGACUCUUGGGCUUAAUUAUUUUGUCAUCGUCUGUCGAGCUAGAAUUUAAAGGGUGCCUGCGGUUUCUUUGUAAGAAUCACUUUUCAUGAUUGUAAGGCUCAGUCCUACUUUUUUUAUUUUUUAUAACCAUAAAAUGUUGAGUAGAGGAAAACUCGAUGGUUUUUCACCCUGGUCUUAAUAUGUAACAUUAAUUUGCCUUGAGAUUUCAUAUUUUUUCCCCUUUCUCUCGAAUUGGAAGGCACAUGCACUCAAGUUGACAUGGUCCGCAGUCACCUUUCCAAACUGUGAUGGCCAAUCGUCUUGGGAAAUAUAACAUUUGCAUUUACCAGAUUGUAAAUUUUAUAAUUUUCACUUUUCCUGGC